AUGGCGAGCCCCCAGCUGAUCAAGGAGAUGGAGACCAAGUACCCGAAUCUGAGCGUGCUACCAUACCGCGCGUUGGCGCCGCUGCAGAUCAAGCUGCGCGAUGAAAAGUCGACGCCCACUGAGUUCAAAUUCUACGCCGACCGCCUCAUGCGGAUCCUGGCCGAGGAGGGCUUGGCUGCUUGUGCCAACAAGACGCAGACAAUUGUAACCCCAACAGGCGACUCAUUCACGGGCCUCGUGCCAGCCGAAAAGGUCUGCGCUGUGUCCAUUAUCCGAGCAGGAGACAGUUUGCUGCAGUCCAUCAUCGAAUGCGACCCCACGGUCUCUGUGGGCAAGAUCCUGAUCCAGCGUGACGAGAAGUCAGAGGACAAGCACCCGGUCAUGUACUAUUCCAAGCUCCCACCCAAUGUGGAGAAGCUGGACAAUGUACUGCUGGUGGACCCCAUGCUGGCCACCGGAGGCAGCGUCAACAUGGCGAUCAAGACUUUGAUUGACGCUGGUGUGGAGCAGAGGAAGAUUACAUUUCUAAACGUCAUUUCAUGCCCAGAGGGGCUCGCUACACUGUUCAACGCAUAUCCAGACGUGAAGGUCGUGACUGCUGGCCUGGACAUUGGACUGAACGCCUACAAGUACAUUCUGCCUGGUCUCGGCGACUACGGAGACCGCUACUACAACACCGUUUAA